GCGAGUGUGCAUUAGAGAGCGAGUGUACAACUCAAGCUGCAGAGAGAACAGAUAAAAUAACGGGAACACUUUCCUAUGUAUUCCAGUACAAUAUGUGCAUUACCGCAAGUACUACACUGAACAACGCGACCAACUAGGAAAUAAGUCUUUACUUCCGAAGGCAGGGAUUGGCCACUGCAGUCCUUGGGGGCUUCUAUUCUGCUGGUUUUAGAGUUGCUUCCAAUUAGCAACAGAUUUGCACCUGGAACACCAGGUGACCUGGACCCACCCCUUCCUGCACGACCAGCAUCUGCUCCCUCCCUCUCUUUGCCCCUCUCCCCCUGCCCCGCCCCGCCCUGCCCCGCCCUGCAGCAGCCAUGGCACUCCGCUCCCCGGCCCUGCGCCUCCUGCUCCUCCUCCUCCUGCUCCUCCCCCUGCCCCAGCCCUGCUCGCUGGAGUCCCAGCGCAUGGAGGACGAGCUGGCCUCCGUGUCCGUCUCUCCCACGCCCUACGAGAACGGGACGGGCGGGGGCAAGCGGGUGUGCGCGGGGGGCCCCGCUGUGUGCCAGCCCGGCGUCCUGCUCCCCCUCUGGAAGCCCCGCAGCCCUGGGCUGGGGGACCAGGUGGCCCGCGCCGUGGUCUACUUCGUCUGUCUCAUGUACAUGUUCCUGGGCGUGUCCAUCAUCGCCGACCGCUUCAUGGCCUCCAUCGAGGUCAUCACCUCCCAGGAGAAGGAGGUGACUAUCACCCUGCCCAACGGGGAGACGUCGGUGGCGACCGUGCGCAUUUGGAACGAGACCGUGUCCAACCUCACCCUGAUGGCCCUGGGGUCGUCCGCCCCCGAGAUCCUGCUGUCCGUCAUCGAGGUGUGUGGGAAAAACUUUGAGUCGGGCGAGCUGGGCCCGGGCACCAUCGUGGGCAGCGCGGCCUUCAACAUGUUCGUGAUCAUCGCCAUCUGCGUGUGGGUCAUCCCCGACGGCGAGACGCGCAAGAUCAAGCACCUGCGCGUCUUCUUCAUCACCGCCUUCUGGAGCAUCUUCGCCUACAUCUGGCUCUACCUCAUCCUGGCUGUCAUCACGCCUGGCGUCGUGGAGGUUUGGGAGGCCCUGGUCACUCUGCUGUAUUUCCCCAUCUGCGUGAUCCUGGCCUGGAUCGCUGACCGCCGGCUGCUCUUUUACAAGUACAUGUACAAGCGCUACCGGGCAGACAAGCGCCGGGGUAUCGUCGUGGAGACCGAGGGCGAGAUGACGCCCAAGGACGUGGAGAUGAUCAUGGACGGCAAGUUCCCGCCCGGGGGCGGAGCCGUCGGCGCCACGACCACCGAGAACUGCCAGGAGGGCAACGGCACGGCAACGGCCCCGGCAACCGCCGUCACACUCCCCCUCCCACACGCGCAGGUGAUCCGCAUCCUGAAGGAGCUGAAGCAGAAGUACCCGGACAAGGAGCUGGAUCAGCUGGUGGAGCUGGCCAACUACUACGCCCUGCUGCACCAGCAGAAGAGCCGGGCCUUCUACCGCAUCCAGGCCACGCGCAUGAUGAUCGGCGCCGGCAACGUGCUGAAGAAGCACGCGGCCGACCACGCCCGCCGCGCCGCCGCGCCCGAGGGCGUGCCCGAGGCGGACGACCUGGCCACCUGCAGCCGCAUCGCCUUCGAGGCGGCGCACUGCCAGUGCAUGGAGAACUGCGGCACGCUCAGCCUGGGCGUGGUCUGCCAGGGCGGCGCCGGCGAGAGCACCUUCUACGUGGACUACCGCACCGAGGACGGAUCGGCCAACGCCGGCUCCGACUACGAGUACAGCGAGGGCACGCUGGUCUUCAAGCCCGGCGAGGCCAGGAAGGAGAUCAAGGUGGGCAUCAUCGACGACGACAUCUUCGAGGAGGACGAGCACUUCUUCGUGCGGCUGCUGAACCUGCGCGUGGGCGACGCGGAGGGCAUGUUCGAGAGCGAGGGCGCGGGCGUGGCCCCCAAGGGCCGGCUGGUGGAGCCGCUGGUGGCCACCGUCACCAUCCUGGACGACGACCACGCCGGGAUCUUCACCUUCGGCGAGCGGCUGCUGCGGGUCAGCGAGAGCGUGGGCACCAUGGAGGUGACGGUGGUGCGGAACUCGGGCGCCCGCGGCACCGUCAUCCUGCCCUACCGCACCGAGGCGGGCACCGCCCGCGGCAACGGCGUCGACUACGAGGACACGCACGGCGAGCUGGAGUUCACCAACGACCAGACCACGCAGACCCUAACAGUGAAAAUCAUUGAUGAUGAAGAGUACGAGAAGCACGAGAACUUCUUUAUCGUCCUGGAGGAACCCAGGUGGCUCAAGAGGGGCAUUUCAGCUCUGCUGCUCAACCAGGAGGACCCGGAGGGGCAGAUGAGUGCGGAGGAGGAGGAGGCCCGUCGUAUCGCGGAGAUGGGGAAGCCCAUACUAGGGGAGCACAGCCGACUGGAGGUGGUCAUUGAGGAGUCCUACGAGUUCAAGAGUACAGUGGACAAGCUCAUUAAGAAGACCAACCUGGCACUAGUGAUUGGUACUCACUCUUGGAGGGAGCAGUUCAUCGAGGCUGUGACUGUCAGUGCAGGCGACGGCGAUGACGAGGAAGAGGAAGGGCGCGAGGAGCGUCUGCCCUCCUGCUUCGACUACGUCAUGCACUUCCUGACGGUGUUCUGGAAGGUCCUGUUCGCCUGCGUGCCGCCCACCGAGUACUGGAACGGCUGGGCCUGCUUCGUGGUGUCCAUCUCGGUCAUCGGCUUCCUCACCGCCAUCAUCGGGGACCUGGCCUCGCACUUCGGCUGCACCGUGGGGCUCCGCGACACCGUCACCGCCGUGGUGUUCGUGGCCCUGGGCACCUCCAUUCCAGAUACCUUUGCCAGUAAGGUGGCAGCCACGCAGGACCAGUAUGCGGACGCGUCGGUGGGCAACGUGACGGGCAGCAACGCGGUCAACGUGUUCCUGGGCAUCGGGGUGGCGUGGUCGGUGGCGGCCGUGUACUGGCGGGUGAAGGGCAAGGCCUUCCGCGUGGAUCCCGGCUCGCUGGCCUUCUCCGUCACGCUCUUCACCAUCUUCGCCUUCAUCUGCAUGGGUGUGCUGCUGUUCCGGAGACGGCCCUCCAUCGGGGGCGAGCUGGGCGGCCCCCGGGUCGCGCGGGUGCUCACCUGCCUCCUCUUCCUCGGCCUCUGGUUCCUCUACAUCCUCUUCUCCAGCCUGGAGGCCUACUGCCACAUAGAGGGCUUUUAAAUGCACAGGAAGGGUGGACACACACACACACACACACACACACACACACAUAUGCAUGCAUGAACUCACAUAACAUACUUCUUUCUACAACCCUUAUGAAGUUCACUCUCCUACUCCACACCUUGAAAGCUGUAUGGACAUACAUGAACACAUCACACACAUACACACACACAUACACAUACAAAUAUGCACAUGCACGCACACACUCACCAGUGCUGAAAAAAUGAGUACAAGGAAAGAGAGAGUGUAGAAGGAAGAGAUUGAUAUCUGGAGUAAGGGAUGAGUAUCAGAAAUUAGAUGAGAGGAAGAAGGGAAGAGAAGUUGAGAGAACGAAUGAGACAGCAUGUAGGGAGAGAGCAGGAGAGUGAGAAUAAUGACAAUGAAGAACAGAAAAAGAGAGAGAGAGAGAGACGGGAUUCCGUUUAGCAUAUGAACGGGGUGCAGCACCAUGGUGAACAUUUUUUGGGGAAGGGUCUGCCCCUCGACUGACCCUCCUGCUGUCCCUGGUGCCCUGUUGGACCUCAAGGCAUGAGAGACCCCGCCUUUCCCCUUCAACUCCCGCGUCUGUUUGAUGAAGAGACGCAGCUGGGGUCGGGAUCUCCCCGCCCUUCUCAUCGUACCGCUGUCUCACACUUAGGCGCCGGGUACAGACACAGCCCCUCGGAAGGACGUAAAGGCGAGGGCCUUUUCGUCACAUGUGCUGCUUGGAUCCCCUUGGCUUUUGGCCUAAAAACCCCCACUGUGGCAGAAGAUGAGGCAUUGGACUCAGUCAAGCCCAGUCCCAUGUUAUCAGCAACCUGAGAAACUUAAAACAGAAAAAAACAGUUCAGUCCAUCUUCUGCCCAGUGUAAAUGGGGAAUUGUGCAACAGUGGAACAGUCAAAAUAACAUGUUGAUGGAAUAUAUAUAUAUAUAUAUGUAUUUAUUUGAUUAUUUGGUUCUUUACAAGUGUAAAGUUCUUUCCAAAAAUGUUAGAGGGGAGGGGUCUCUUUGGGUCACCUGGAAGGGAGAUACUCCACAAGGGCCAAUAACGCUGGGUUUUAAGUGCACCUAUGAAGUGUGCGUUGAGUUUAGUAACAUGUCUGCUGUCAGACAGGAAGUAAAGAAAUCCUAAUUUGGCCUGUUAGUGUCUGGAUGGUCCGCUUGUCUUGACAGGAGGACAGCUAGCCUGGUGCCUUUAGCGACAGGGAGUUUUAUUUUGGUUUCUUUUGAAAAAAAAAAUGGGCUUAGUGUUCGUCUGGUGUUCUUCAAUGUGUUGCCUGGGAGAAGGGGAAAAGUGGUUUCCCAGUUAUUUAAAACCCCAGAGUUUCACAGGAAGAGAUAGUUAGAUAUAGAGACACAGUGUCUCCUGCAUUUCUCUGACCUUGAGCUCUUUUUCAUGGUUGUGUAACUUUGGUCACGCUCCAUCUUUUGGAAAUGCAUGGUGGGCGCAAUGCAAAUUCAAUGCGUCCCUGUGUCUUGCUGGAAGAAGACAAACAGUAUGGCGACAGCUUGCAGGUACAGCGCACGCCACGGCCGGCGCUGCUCGGAGCUUUUGGGCUGCGGGAGGACAGGGUGUCCAAGCGCUUCAGUGUAACCUCGCAGCUCCAACCUGGCAUGGAAUUUUCUGGAAUGGUCUUCUCUCCCUGUGUUUAAGGAGAUGAGUUUUCACAAGCCCAAAACUGCAGACUGUUCAUACAGUCGGUUACACUCAGUCGCUCCAUCCACUGCCCUCCUGACCCUCCCGCUUACCCCUCCAUGUUGUAAAUUAGGGUAAUUACUUCACAUUACUCCAGGAUUCAGCAGAGUCAACAAACAUGCUAUAAAUGGCGAUUCUGUAUUUAAUUGCCAAGUUUUCCUUUGCAACUGUUCUGUAUGGUGGUAUUUUACAUUACAUAUUAAGAUAAUUAAAUUCUCAAUUGACUGACUUGGUUAAAUAAGGGUUAAAUAGAAAAUAAAACAUUUGCUUCACAGGCACCCAUUUUCUGGGUGACUUACAGUUCAGCGUAUAUUUUACAUAUCGGCUAAAAGACCUGAGAGGAAGCCUGCACCAGGUCUCUUCAGCUGAAACACACACUACUUUAUACUCACAGCAACACGGCAAACACAUUCUCAAAUUUGUCUCCACUUCCACAGAUUUAUCUGCACGUUCUCAGAUUCGUCUUCAUGUUCUCAAAUUUGUUUCCCCACUUUGUCAGAAUACCGAUCCGUGUCUGAACAGAAGUGCACUGUCAAUAUUUUAGCACUCUUGCACAAAAGAAGUGAAGCGAGGUGAUUGGUUCGUUGGUCCACUGGUCCACGGGUGAUUGCUUGGUCCAAGGCUGAGCUGGCUGGAGGGCAGGCCACAAUGCAUGUGUUAAAGAUGCAUAAGAGCAGUGAUUGGCCUGCUAGAGAGGAAAAUAUAAGAUGGUAAUGUUGUUAAUUCAAUUUUAAUAUGUCUGUCUUUGUGAUAAUCUGUAGUUUGUAACAUUUGACUUCACAGCAGCUGAGUCCUUUUGAUAUGUCAGCUAACCUGUUGCUAUGAUGUAAUAGUGAUGCAUGACAGAGUAGUGGAGCACGGCAUGGUCAAAACACGCAUGAAUGGUGAAAUUUUCAGAUACAGUAUUCAUUUUUUUCUUUUUAUGUAGAGAAUCGUGUCAUCCUCCCAGGAGGCUCUGCUUUCAGUGUGGCACUCCUAUCUGAGUUCACAUAGUGCAAGCAGCAAAACAUAGAUGCACCCCAACCUCACCCCCCCCCCCCCCCCACCCCCACCCCCACCCACACCCACACCCCACAUCCCAGAGCCUGAAAACACUGACCCCGGAUCAGCUGACCCUGUCCUAAUUCUCACCCAGCCAUUUUGUGAAAGAAGGCUGACUGAUCCGUGGUCAGUGGUCACAUUCGCUGUUUUCCCCGCCCCAGUUGAAUGGCGUUGCAGCCGAUUGGUCACGCCCAGACCUCCGCCUACAUCAGCGCUUUUUAAACAAGGCUCGUUCAGCAGUGUUCAUUCGUGUCCCCCCGCGGCUCUUCUCCCUUGUGAUUGAAGCCCAACGCCUCUCCACGCGGGGGUGAGCGUGGGUACGGGCUGGGCUUUCGUGAUUGGCUGUCCUGUGUGCGUCUCGUAAAGCCGGCUCCCUGGGAGGUUCCCAGCCCAAAAGCAAGCGGCAGUUCAGGAGUGGGGAGCCUGGGUGGAAGUGUUCCUUCACAGCCUGCCUGGCCCUACCCUGCCCUGGGUCCUUCUACAAUGUUCUCAGCAGUGGGAUGGGACUGUUAUGUGUUGGUUGCAGGCUUGGGUUCAGAUACCCUACUUUGAGGUACUGUGUCCAACCUUUAUAUUGCCUUAAAAAAACUAACAAAUAUGUUUUAUUUAUUUAUUUAUUUAUUUAUGUUAAUUAAUUUAUUAAUUUAUUUAUUGAUAUAGUAUUUGUGCUGUAAUACUGUGCAGUUCUGUUUGCAUUUAGCAGAUAACAGACACCAAAAUGCUUAAGAGUUCAUGUGCAAUAGACUGCCUACAUAGUCUCAGCGCUGUAGGUGGAGUAGCAUAUAGCUUUAGGGAAUAAAAUAUGCUGUGUGCCCCAUUUCUCCCUGAUUCACCCCAUGCUGUCAGAACAGGGGAAGAGCCACACGCCCAAAUGGCGGCGACUGGGGCGGUGAGGCGUAUGUCUGAGGUGGAAGUGCAAUAAAGCAGCCAGAGGUACCGCAUGCAGGCGAGAGGGAAAUUCAUUUAUUUCUGCAGUAUGACCAGUAUAUGACCUGAGGGUCUCAUUCCAUAUGGAAAAUCCCUUGAAAAGGAGAGAUAAUUUGAAUAAUAUAAAUUUGUAUUUAUUUUUGAUCACACAGCCUUCUAUUUCUCGGGACUUAAUUUUUUAAUUUAUUUUUUUUACAAUCUUUAGAUGAGUUUUAACCGCGAGCCAUGACUGAGUGAGUGUGUGAUGGGGAAUUAGCGAGAGGGCGUUUUUAGGGGCCCUCAUUUUUAGCAGGCUGUGGAAUGGUGAACGAUGGCGGGUUGGUCACAGUCGAGCCGUUAGAGCUGUGAUGAGAGCCAGUAUUACAGAGUGAGGAGUUUAGGGAGUGAGGAACGGGACUGUGCUGAGAAAAGAGACUGUCUGGACAAGGCGGGUGGAAUGCCUCUUAUACGUGCAAACCUGUCUGACUCAUGCUCAGUGCUGCCCCCUGGGAGAACAAACCGGAAAGACACUGAUAACUACGAUACAGAUAACUAUGAAGUUUCUUUUUUCUUGUUUUACAGUAGCAACUCAGUUACAAACAGCUCGGGAUAUGGAUGGUCUUGAUCAUACAUUAAUGAAUGUCUGUCAUAUGAUUAUCAAUCAUUUUGGGAGGCAUUUAAAAAUUCAUUUUAAAAAACACUUACACCACCACUGGUGCACAGUUGUGUUGAUCUGACUGGUUUCUGUUUCCUAGUUUGUAUCUGGAGUUUGUAUGUCUUCUUAGAUUUGACUCUAUUGCAAUCCAAAUUGCACACGAGUAUAUCAAAAUUUAAUAAUAUGUAAGACUUUUGUGAAUUAGCACGAAAUGAAUGUGAAAUAUAUUCUUAUUUAUCUGAAGACAUACAUAUAUAUUUAUAUUGGUAUAUAUGUAUAAAUGUGUUGUCUGUGACUGCUAUGUCCCUGGCCUGCUGUGUGUUUUGCUGAUGGACUUCAGGAAUGUGUCCAAUCAUUACAUUUUUGUGAUUGCACAUAUGAUACAGUAGAUAAUUAUUUUCUGUGUCAUGGACUUUUUGGUCUCCUCCAAACAGCUUUGUAAACUUUUUAAGCAGUUCUUUCUAUCUCUGAAAACACAAUGGUAAUUUUCUAUAUCCAUAUACAUAAAGAGUAUUGCAGGAGUACUGAUUAUAGAAAUUGCUGUUUACUAACAAUGAAGAAACGUUUAGAUAUUUUUCUAAGUUUCUACUGAAAAGAGGAAAAUCUCUUUGCUACUUUUUCAUUUCCUGUUAUUUCUUUUUACAGUAGCUGACAUCAUAGCCUGAUCUCAAAGCAAUUUGUAUCCCUUGUACAUAUACCUCUGUUCGAUUGUCAGCCAUUUUAUGUGGAAUAUUUCCUCCUAAAUUUUUUUAUUACCAUAUUUAUUUAUAUAUGUAUUUAUUUAUUUAUUUUGCUAAUGAUUGGUGACUGUUCCUAACAUUGAACUCUGUUUACUGAGACUACGCUCUUGAACUCAAAGGACCCACUUACUGGAAAUGCACUGGAGACUUUGGUCACAAUUUGAUGUCCCAUAUUGUUCUAGAAUAAUAACUUUCAGACUCCGAAAAAACAACAUCUUCUGGAGACUUCAUACAACGACAUCCCACGUUGUGACUUUCUGUCAGAGUUUCUCAAUACAAGCUGGGCGCCAGUUGCAUUUGGUGUCAUCUGGCCUAUGUGUAGGUAAUUUGUGUUGCAUUUUUAGUGGUCUGAACUCGAUAGGUAUUUCCACUAAGGCAGUUUUAGCACACUGACUCAAACAAAGCCAGUGGGGGUCGAUUAUAACCACAUUUCGUUCAAGCGAUCUGUUCAUAAUUGUGCCGAAAAUAAUAACCUUUCGUGUUCAUCUCUAACUCUUUGGAUCAUGCCAUUGCUGUAAAUGAGUGAAUUCUCCCUGCAGUAUUGAUAGUGUGCUUCUAAUGUGCAAAUGCAUAACCCCCACCCCCACUGCCCUACAAUGGCUCAGCACGAUCCGUUGCAGACAUUGAGGUCUUCGUUUUGAUUGAGGCACUUUCCUGAGGCAGGUGUGGUUGCUGCCAUUGUUUUUGGAGCCUUCAGUGGAAGCAAAAGUAGGAGCCGCUGGGGUGGAGUUACCCUGAAAAAAGAAAAGAAGGAAAAGCUGGAGACCCCAGACCCCAAAUACACAUUCCUGCACGUGGCUGUCCGUAGAGCUGUCCAUCAACAAGCCAUCCCAAACAGCUUGACUAUUCACUGGUCUGCCGACAGUCUGUUCUUAUAGUGCUAACCUAUUAAUGUUCACAAGAAAGUUAGAAAAAUCCAACGAAGCUUGACACAUGUUUUCUUUUCUUUUUUUAAAAAUUAUGUUGAAAUGUUUAUUAUACAUAUGCAAAAAGCUGUGAACAGGAGAACUUCCUUGUCUUUGUUGCUUUGUUUGUUAGUUUGUUGGUAUAUGUGAUCUCUGUAUCCGUGUUUGUGUCCUGUCCCCCAAAUGCUGGGUACUCCACUCUGGGGACUUGCUCACUUGUGUAUUUUGUGGAAAAACUUAUCUGUGACCUUUUCUCUCUGCCUGAUAUUUGUAGAAAUAAUUUAAGGAAUCUUACGAUUUAAGAAAAUAAAUAUACAUGCAGUACUGUAAUAAAUUAAUAGAAGAGAAUAUUAAACUGUUUUUAUAUUAAAAGGAAAAAAAGCAAGAAAAAAAGAAAUUGAGGAUAAUGACUUGUUUUGGAGAACAUGGCAUGACGUGUAAUGUGUCCUGGAAAAAAACAGACUUGUAAUAACUCCAGUUGACUUUAUUAAAUAUAGUUUAUUUAUUUUGAA